GCUCGCAAGCAGCAGGCUUCAGGACAUGGAGCUCGGAUACGCAAAGCACUCGGCUGGCUCCAAGCAAAAGCACCAAAACCGACAAGCUCGGACGGGAUUUUGCUCCGGCGCUUUCGUCCUGGACCUCCUUGCCAACCGUCACCUGGAGCGGCUCGACAAGAUUCUGGUGAUGCCUUCUGAGCACCAUCUGAUCUCUUGGGGCAGAGAGACACGGGCGCUUUUGCUCACCGGCGCCCUGUCUGCCGAGAAUCGUGCCGAUGCGCCCCGCAAGCUUGGCCAGGCAGAGAUGGAGGAGCUCCCGCCCCUGAAGCGCCCUCGGGUCGCGGGGGGGUUCGAGGUGCUGCCCGACGGGGUGCUGGGGACGAUCGUCGGCUUUCUUUUGCCGAUCGCCCACAAAGAUGACCAGUAUGCGCAGUACCAUCGCAUGGCCGCGCGCAUGUACGACGCGCUCGCCUACAACCACGAGGCGAUGCCUCUGGCGCGACGCGCUCGCGCUGCUGGGCUCCUGCCGGCUCCUCCGCUACGGCCCUCUCUGGGCGAGCUGGCCCUGGACUGCCGCUGCCCGCAGUACGAGCUCCGGUCCCUGGAGAUCACCGUGGAGCGGAUGCCCCCGGCGCAGGGGCGGC